GAAGAAGAAGAAAUAAUAAGGUUAUGUUGUUUUGUCAACUUUGUACAAUUGUAAUCUUCUAAAUACAUGCAUUUGAAUAUUAGAAAAAAUUAAAAAAUCAGAUAAGCCAAGCUAAAUUUAUGCAAAAAACGUCCUUUUGUUAAUAGGUAAAUUGUAAAAGCGUGAAUAAAUUUUUGCUUCUAUUUUCAAGUAGAAGAUGGAAGAUUUUACGUGUCCAAGAUGCAGAACAUCCAAAUUUCAAAAUCCUUCCUUAAAAAUGAUGGUAAAUAUUUGUGGUCACGGAUUAUGUGAGAGUUGCGUAGACUUACUUUUUUUAAAAGGCUCGGGAGCUUGCCCUGAGUGUAAAAUUCCACUUAGACGAAAUAACUUUCGUGUUCAACUAUUUGAAGAUGCAAGUGUUGAAAAGGAAGUAGAUAUACGAAAACGUGUUUUACGUGAUUUUAACAAGAAGGAAGAAGAUUUUAAUUCAUUGUUGGCAUACAACAAUUACUUGGAGGAAGUGGAAACUAUAAUUUAUAACUUGGCAAAUAAUAUAGAUGUAGUAAACACUAACAAGAAAAUAGAACAAUACAAACGUGAUAAUAAAGAGCAAAUCUUGAAAAGCAAAGGUAAAUUAGGAAGAGAUGAAUAUGAAUUAGAAGAAUUAUUAGAACUUGAAAAACAAAUAGAAGAAGUAAGGAAAAGAGAAAUUCAGUUAGAGGAAGUGGAAACCAAAAAGAAAAAAAUCCGUGAAAAAGAAGCUUUAAUAGAUGAAUUAAUGUUUUCAAAUGCGGAUGCUAAAAAUAUUGUAGAUAAUUUUGCUCAACAGGCUCAGCAAGAAAAAGAAGAAAAAGCUAAACAACCUGUAGUAAAGGUUACACAAUUUUCCACUGGAAUUCAAUUCAGUAGACAAGCACAAAAUUCAUUUUUACCUGUACCUACAGAAGAAGGACCUCUGUACAGCUAUAAAACCAUAACUAUUGUUACUGAUGGUCCUCGCCCACCCACGGAUUUUGAAAUAAUGGAGAAAGGCUUUAUCAAUUAUGUUAGAGGUGAAACAGAACAGGAAAGGGCUGGUGGAUUUAAAUCAAAUAUAGCGUGUAAAAGAGCAUUGCAAGAUGCCCUAUUAGGUCUCUUUCAUACUAAGAAAACAACAAAUACUUACUAAGUUUAUUUGUUUAUAAUAAAUUAAUAUUUAUUUAA